AUAUUUCCAUCACUACUACAAUCACCUCUUGUGGCAAAGGAUCUGGACCUACAAAAGAAGUAGAAACUGGAUGUAUGGUAAAAUCAAUCUUAGCACAUAUGGUAGACAUGCCAGAAUCAUCACAAGUGCAACUUGUAUCAAUACCGAAAAAUUGUGACAA